AUGCCACUUUUUCCUUUCUCAUUCUCUGUAUUUAUUUUUCGCCCCCUCCAGUUGCCUGAUAACUGCCUAGACGUUAAAGAAGGUGCGAAUCAGCCUCCUUCCAUCCAAAAAAACAUUCUGUCAGCGGCCCUAAAUUCUGGUCUCCCUGGGCUGAAAAAGGGUGGCGCCAUUUUAUCCGGGCUCAGGUUCAAAGGUCAAAAACGCAGGCAGCAAAAGGUAGCGGACCAGUUGAAACCAGUCGAUCCAGCCGCUCCGGCUCAAAGUGACUCUGCCGCAAAGGAAACGGCCAAGACGCCCGAUCCACAGCCGGAAGUUGUGUCUAAAGACUAUCGGUCGUUGUACUCGACCUACAUGGGUGACUGUGUUCUGGUGCACUGGCAACUGCUCCUGCCGGCCAAAGCGGAGGAUGACGGUCCGUUGUUGCCUCAUCAGUCAGGAAUUCGUGUUGGAGCUGACUGGAGGACGAGCGUCAUCGACGCAGAAGCGACAGACGAUCAAACCGAGGAGGCUGAAGCGGUCGCUGGACAACACUUCCUGAACUCCCCGCAGCCCCAACUGCUGAUGAUCCCGCCACAAGGUGGUGGCGUCUUCUGGGUGCUUUUCAGAGAUCUGGCGAACAAUCAGGAUUUAACAAGUGCGAGCCAUGCGUCUGCCAAAGCUGUCUUCUUCUUUAGGCCGAGGCUGGGUUUAAAUAUAGAGAAGUUGCAUUUCAUUAUGAUUUCUCGUUUACAUUCCUUUCAUUCCGUUUGGAAAGGCGGUUGGACGGAAUUCGUUGAUUGGCCUCACCAGUGCCUGGCGGAUGCUCAUAACAUAUAG